AUGAUCCCACUUAAAUAAUACUACCACUAUACGUGAGAUAAGAAAGUGGAGCUUUGCGUGCCCACUCUUUUCUCCUCUAUUUCCUUUUCUCCAUUACUAGUAGCUUCUGCACGUCUUCUCUCAAAGAGAUCAAUGGUUCAUGACACAGUUCUACUAAGGAGAAGACAAAUUUGAUGAUGGUCUCCGAAAGAGAGAUAUUCAGCCUAUCUGGACCACUAUACCUCACUGCUAUUGAUUGGAGAAAUACCGAUCAUCGGAGGUGUGUAGCAGCGAGCUUAGUACAGAGCGUGUACAUUCUUGAACGUGACCGCCAGCAAAAUCGCAAAGGUCCUAAUGCCCUUGCUCCACCUUGGUGGGAAUUCUUCCAUUUUCGUUUAAUCCAAGUCUUGGCGGACACUGAAGACCAAUCUUACUUCAGCGCCAUUUAUGAAUACAAAUAUCCAAACUCCCAUUUCCACUACAAAACAAUGGACGACAUUCAAAAUCAGAAGCAGAAUCAGAAUCCACCAAAGUAUGUGAUUGCCUUUCGAGGCACAAUCGCCAAAAAAGGUAACAGGUCACAGGAUUUCAAAUUGGAUCUCGGACUCAUUCGCAACAAUCUUCACAAUAGCUCCCGUUUCCACAUUGGCUUGCAAGUUGUACAAAAUAUCGUUCAGAAUCAUGGGGUCUCGGAUAUUUGGCUAGCGGGGCAUUCCUUGGGCUCUUCAAUUGCACUACUAAUCGGAAGGGAUAUGGUUAAAAUGGGAAUUCAUCUCGAAACAUAUCUUUUCAACCCACCAUUCACAUCGCUUCCAAUAGAGAAAUUCAUGAAAAACGAGAAACUGAAGCAUGGAAUCCGCUUUGCUCAUAGUGUGCUCACUGCGAGACUGUCUAUUGCUGUCAAUAGUAACAGGCCAAAGUCUCAACAAAGUCAUGACCCAUUUACGUUGUUAUCUGCGUGGGUUCCUUACUUAUUUUUAAAUCCAUCAGAUCCUAUUUGCACGGAAUACGUUGGAUAUUUCGAGCAUAGGGAAAAGAUGGUUGCGAUAGGGGCAGGGGAUAUCGGACGAAUUGCCACACAGAAUUCAAUAAGAAGUAUAAUUGCGAAUGCAAGAGGAAAAGAUCAAUCGGAACCGUCACACCUACUUCCUUCGGCAUUUGUUACGAUUAAUUUGAGCCCUUCUCCAGAUUUUAAGCGAGCUCAUGGAAUCCAUCAAUGGUGGAAUCCAAGUUUGCAUUGCAACUGUAAAUUUUACCAGUUUCGGUAGGAUUUUUGGUAUGUGGUUGAAAUUAAUCUUCUUUGAAUUUAGAAAGUUGUCCUACAGGAAGUGUACAAUAGUUCUGACAAAUGGACUAUUUAAUUAGAUUACGUUGGAGGGAAGGCCUCAUAACCUAUUUGCUAGUAUUUGGUAUAGGGUUAGCGAUCGAAAUUUUUUGUCAUAACUCAUGUGAGGAAAUUGUAUCUUUUUGCAGUUGGAUUUCUUUUGAUUUUUUAUAUACCAUGUUGA